AUGACUCUCAGCUCCACAAGUCCUUUCCUCUCAUCCUCCACCUCACCACCUCUCCACCUCUCCGCGCGUCGUGACCACAGGAGUUUGGAAGUGCUGAGGCAACUCUCCCCAGCCAGCCAGCCGCAGCCCAGCGCGGGCCAGAGAGGGUCAGCCAGACUGAGCGCCGCACCGCCGCACGGUCGCACCCCGCCAGCACAGAACAGCACAGUCCAGCACAGCGAAGCACAGUCCAAUUACUCCAGCAUCAUCAUGAGGAUUUUGCCUGUUCUCUCCAUCAUUUUUGCUCUCUUUGCCAUGAGCAUGGCAACAGCAGAGCAGCAUCAGGAGGUGAAGCAGCAGGUGGUGACAGAUCAGCACGCAGCCAAUCAGGAGGAGGCUCCUGUGGACACUCCAGGUGUGAAAGGGCUGGGGGAGGAAGAUGCUGAGGUCCUGGAUGCUGAGGAUGAGCCAGCUGAGGCCAAGGCUCCUAUCCAGAAGAGGGUUGUUGGUGGCGGCGUCGCCUCGGGCCGUUGGGUUAAAUGGCAGGUGUCUCUGCAGUACAGGUCUGGCAGUACCUUCAAACAUUUCUGUGGAGGCGUGCUGAUCAAGAGGAACUGGGUGCUGACCGCUGCUCAAUGCGUGCGCCAUAACGACAUUGCCCUGCUGCGACUGUCCUCCUACGUCACCCUGGGCUCCCAUGUCUCUCUGGCCCCUCUGCCACCAGCCGGCCAGGUGCUGAGACACAACCAUUUCUGCUCCCUCACCGGGUGGGGCCGUACUGCAACUAGGGGUCGCACCUCCCACGUAAUGAGGUAUGGGAUCAUGCGCACGGUGAGACAGAGCAUCUGCCGCAACCGCUACUGGUGGGGUCGCAGCGUCAACAGCAACAUGAUGUGUGCCGGAGGCAACGGCAGACAAGCUGGAUGUUACGGGGACUUUGGUGGCGCCUUGAACUGCAGAUUCGGCAGGAGAUGGGUGGUCCAUGGCAUUGCCAGCUUCGUCUCCAGCCGUGGCUGCAAUGUAGCGAGGAAGCCCACUGUCUUCACUCGCGUCUCAGCCUACAUCUGCUGGAUCAGAGGAAUCACUGGAUGAAGUCCCUCAUGAAGACUUGGGACAAUGAUGUGGGACCACAUGUCCUCUCACAUGAUCCUUAUCCUCUUC